CAGGGAGAGAGGACUGACCAUCUGUUUUCUUCUCUUUAGAAUAUUCCCCAUUUAUCGCUGACUCUUUUCUGUCAUUAUUUAUUUAACCCCCCCUUCCCUCAUUCUCCUCUAAUCCUCUCCCUGAGAUACUCUUCAACCUCUGCCUCCUGCUUCCUUCUCUCUUACAAGCACCAGGCCUUGGAUUUCUGUACUUUCACAUCUCAGAUUAGCCCUGCUGUUCCAUCAUGGCAGGCCAACCUCUGGCCUGCCAACUGCAGGAGGAGGUGACCUGCCCCAUCUGCAUGGAAAUUCUACAAGAUCCUGUCACCAUUGACUGUGGGCACAACUUCUGCCUGCAGUGUAUCAGUCAGGUUGGAAAAACGUCAGAAAAGAUCCAAUGUCCUCUCUGCAAACUCUCUGUGAAUAAGAAUACGUUCAGGCCCAAUAAGCUGCUGGCUAGUCUUGCAGAGAAGAUCCAAAGUAUGGAUCCUGCUGACAUCCAAGCAGAAAAGGAAGACUCAAGAUGUCAGAGGCACAAGGAAAAGCUACAUUACUUCUGCGAGCAGGAUGGGGCAUUCCUCUGUGUGGUGUGUCGUGACUCCAAGGACCACAAGUCUCACAAUGUCACCUUGAUAGAUGAGGCUGCCCAGAACUACAAGGUGCAGAUUGAGUCACAGGCCCAAGAUUUGGGGCAAAAGGACAAGAAAAUAAUUGAAGAGAAAAAACAAGGUGAAGGGGCAAUCUGGGCGUUCAGGGCCCAGGUGGAUCUAGAGAAACUAAAGAUCCAUGAGGAAUUCAAGCUCCUGCGCCAGAGACUAGAUGAGGAAGAGAGUUUCCUCCUGUCCAGGCUGGACUGGCUGGAGCAGCAGGGAGCCAAGCAGUUGAGACAAUAUGUCACUGUGACAGAGAAGCAGCUGAACUCUCUAAGGAAGCUCACUAAAUCCUUGAAAAUAAGGCUGCAAUCAUCAUCCAUGGAGCUACUAAAGGACAUUAAAGACGCCUUGAGCAGGGGUAAGGAAUUUCAGUUUCUCAACCCAAACCCAGUUCCUGAGGACCUGGAGAAAAAAUGCAGUGAAGCAAAAGCAAGGCAUGAGUCCAUCAUAAAAACCCUGACAGAACUCAAAGACGAUAUGAAUGCCGAAGGGAAGAGAGAUAAAAGCGCAUUCAUGAACAGCCUGAAUAAAGAAGAAAAGGAGAGCUGGAGCCUGUUACAGAAGAAUAAUUCAGUGUUGCCCACCUCAGUCCCUGUGACCCUGGACAAGUCCUCAGCUGACCCAGACCUCACCUUUUCUCAGGAUCUAAAGAAAGUGACCUUGUAUAUUGUAGCUGGAAAAGCUUCCAAUAGGCAGGCAAAACCUCGACCAUUCUACCCUUUCCACUGUGUGAGGGGUUCCCCAGGCCUCUCCUCAGGCCGCCAGGUGUGGGAGGCAGAAAUCCGGGGGCCCUCAGGUGGGGCAUGCAUUGUGGGCGUGGUUACAGAGUUGGCGCGAGGGGCCCAGAGUCAAACCGUGAGCGCGCAGAGCUACAUAUGGGCACUGCGGAUCUCGCCCUCUGGAUGCCAGCCAUUCACCAAUUGUAAAGCCCAGGAGUACCUCCAGGUCUGUCUUAAGAAAGUGGGUGUCUAUGUGAAUCAUGACUGUGGAGAGGUCGUCUUCUAUGAUGCCAUCACUAGCAAACACAUCUAUACUUUCCAAACUUCCUUUGACGGGAAGGUCUUCCCCCUUUUCGGGCUCCAAGUUGCCUGCAGCCAUAUCACCCUGAGCCCUUAGGGCUGCUCGCUUGUGUGUUCCUCAGUCUCUUCCCACCUAUCACUCAGGACGGGAUGAGACAAAUGGUAGAAGUGAAGUGUGGCCCUACUCUGACACUCUACAUGCCACACAAUCACCUGAUGUUUCCUCUCCCUGUCUCCCCCAAGUAGAGAAGACAGUGGAAUACCCCCCAAAGACUAUACACGAGGUUUUUCAGUGCUGCACUUGGUAGCAGGACCUCAGAAAAGCUUCUGGCUGCACCCUGCUGACACAGGGGUGCAAGGCGCUGUCCAACACAUUGGCUGCUGCUUUCUCUACUGUAUUACCUGAAACUCUUGUGACUCAUCCUUUCCUGAGAUCUGAGAACCAGAGGUUGUACAGAGUCGGCCAGUUCUGUGCCAAUGCCCCGUUUGUAGAUUUGGACAAUCUACAAUCAAGAAUAAAACCUUUUGACAUUUCAAAGCAACUUUGUCAUCCUCAACAGCUCUGUCUUCUAAUUAAAAGCAAAAUUGUAAACCACC